AUUAGAAAAAUGAAUAUUGCAGAAAAAUUAUAAAGGGAGGCCGAAAAGAAAAGAAUAUAGUAAGAAGAAAAAAUGAAAGGAGGAAAUAAAGCCAUAAAAGAAAAAUAUGAAACUGAAUAUUAGGAAAACAAAAAUAAAUUGAGUUAAGAAAUCAAGCAAGACAUUAAAUUAAUCUCUCAAUAAUAUCCAAGUUUCCAAGUAAAUUCAAUUUACAUUAAAAAAGAAAUUUGCAUUGUACAAAAUUUAUAAACAGUUCGAUUUCAAUAGAGAGAUUGCAAAUGAAUUCAUUAGCAUUCAAAUCUAAAAUCAAAAUCAAUAAGACAAUGAUGAUGAUGAAUGGAUUGAAAUAACAAGCAAAAGAAAAACUCUUAUUUAUAAGAUGUCCAAAUCAAGUGAAAAUGAAUAAAAACCCAAAAGAUCAUAAUCUGUGACUAAUAAAAAUUAAUCUGAUAUUCAAUCUAGAUAAUCACAUUUCAAUGAAAAUAACCAGAGAACAUAAAGAAGAAAUGCUUCUGGAGAUAGAAAGAGAGAAAUUUCUCCAAAAAGGCUUAACUAUCAAAAUAGAAAAUAUGAAAAAUUUGAAAAUGAUCGAAACAAUAAUAAAUAAGAUGGACGCAGAAAACAAUAAAUUAGUUAAAAAUCAAAAAUUCCUUAUUAGAAUACAUUUCAGCCUAAAUACAUCUAUGUACCUAAAUAUUAAGUAGAUGAAUGCCCAUAUGUACCUAAAUCAGUCAUAACCUAAACUUCUAGCAUAAAUAAACAAUAAUAAUAAGAAAAAAAUUUGAAUACAAAUUAUUAGAAUAAAGAAUUGGUUAGUUAGCAAUCAAAUAUAGAUCAAAUUCAAAAAGAUUAGGUAUCCAUAAAUUCAGAUAAAAUAAAAUAAGAUUAAAUUAAAUAAUAAUAGUAAGAAUAAAUUAAAUAAGAAUAAAUAAAAUAAGAAUAAAUUAGAUAAGAAUAAUUACGAUAAGAAUAAUUAAGAUAAGAACAAUUAAGAUAAGAACAAUUAAGAUAAGAAUAAAUUAGAUUAGAAUAAAUUAGAUAGGAAUAAUUACGAUAAGAAAAAAAUAGAUAAGAAUAAUUAAGAUAAGAACAAAUUAGAUAAGAAUAAUUAAGAUAAGAACAAAUUAGAUAAGAAUAAUUAAGAUAAGAAUAAAUUAGACAAGAAUAAUUAAGAUAAGAAUAAAUUAGACAAGAACAAUUAAGAUAAGAAUAAAUUAGAUAAGAAUAAAUUAAAUAAGAAUAAUUAAGAUAAGAAUAAAUUAGACUAGAAUAAAUUAAAUAAGAAUAAAUUAGACUAGAAUAAAUUAAAUAAGAAUAAACAAGAUUAUAAUAGUAAUAAAACUUUGUAAAUUAACCCCUUCAAUUCAAUUAUUCAAAUUAAUUUCUCUCAUAAGAUUUAUCCCAAUCAUAACCUUUGAAUUAAUAAUUUUAGAGUUCAAUGUUUGCUCCUUAAUUCUAAAUAGCUCCUUAAGGUUUUAUGUAAUAAAAUUAAUAACAUUAAGACAUACAUAACCAGCCUUCUGUUUAUGAUAUGCUUAUGAGUUACAUUAAUUACGAAUGA